GACUUGCACGUUAAGAGAAUGGACCAAUGCGACUACAAACUAGAAAGACAGGGCGACCCGAGCCGGCUAAUCAGGAAACGGGCUCCGGAGGGCGGGGACUAGGCACCACUUCCGGAAGUUAAGGGAUUUGUUUCCGAGGGGAAGAUCGUCCCUGCAGGCGGACAGCGGACUGUGAGUUUUGUAGCAGGAGUGGAUAGGUGUGGGAAGUUCCAACCCCAGUAGCUUUAACAGUUUUCUAGGAGUAGUACCAGUGUUUCCUCAGCAGAUGUUUAUCACGUGCCUACCAUGGUUGGCCCUGGGAAUGCGGCAUGGAAAUGACAGCGUCUCUGUUCCAAGAAAUAUAGUCUAGCAAGGAGACAAACUAACAAGCCCAUAGGGCGCCGUGUCGCUUGCCUGUGAAUCUAGGGGUUCGAGGCCUGCCUAGAUAACACAGUGAGACACUGUCUCAAACAGAACAGCACGAAUAGGCGCAUGAUUAACGUGCUCACUACUAAGAAGGAGCUGGUAUAACAGAGGUACAAACCCCGAGCUCUUAUUGCUCUAGUAAGUGGACCCCGAAGGCAGGAGGAAGGAAUGAGUCAGCAAAAGACAUGAAAAAGAGAAACUACCUGUUCAGUGGGUUUGUGACUGGAAGCUGAUUGUGGUAGAAGAGUCUUUUUAGGUUUGGUGCAGCAGAAUCCUGUUUGUCUAUGAAAUGCAGUUAACACAUCAGCUGGACCUGUUUCCAGAAUGUAGGGUGACCCUUCUGUUAUUUAAAGAUGUGAAAAAUGCUGGAGACUUGAGGAAAAAGGCCAUGGAAGGCAGCAUUGACGGGUCAUUAAUAAAUCCUACAGUGAUUGUUGACCCAUUUCAGAUACUUGUGGCAGCAAACAAAGCAGUUCACCUCUACAAACUGGGAAGAAUGAAGACACGAACUCUAUAUACUGAAAUUAUUUUCAACCUGUCCCCAAAUAACAACAUAUCAGAAGCUUUGAAAAAGUUUGGUGUCUCAGCAAAUGACACAUCAGUUCUAAUUGUUUAUGUUGAAGAGGGGGAAAAGCAAAUAAAUCAAGAGUACCUAAUAUCUCAAGUAGAAGGUCUUCAGGUUUCUCUGCAAAAUCUUCCUGAAAUAACAAAUAUUUCAGAAGUCAAAAAGGUAUAUAAACUGUCUUCACAAGAAGAAAGCAUUGGGACAUUAUUGGAUGGCAUCAUUUGUAGAAUGUCAACAAAAGAUGUUUUGUGAAAUGUUAGAAAUUUUAACAAAUUUUCAGUAUUAAACAUUUUUAUUAUGUCUAUA